AUAUGUGAAAGCUUAAGCGAGUUGACACGCGGUGUGCUUUUUCGUCCUUCCGUUACGAUUGUGACAGAGAUUGGUUUGUGCAACAUUUAGCCAAACAGCUGUCCGCUCGACAUAUAACAUAUAAAAAGCUAGUGGCAUCCCUGUAAUUAGUUUCAUUGUACUCUUGGUAGAAUAACUAGAAAUAAUGGAAUGAAAAUACAUAUGUGGUCAACUAAACAAAUAAUUCCAGCAGAAAAUAACAAAAAGCAAACAAAACAUGUAUUAACAACUAUACGAAGUAGAGAGAAAAUUAUAUUACAAGUGAAAUCAACAAGAACGGAAAGCAAAACAUUGUUUAUUAAUAAAAGUUUUUGUCCUGAAUUGAGGAUGGCUACCAAAACACAAAGACAACAAGAGCUGCAAGACGUGGAAAAUGGUCUUUAUCCACAACUACGCCCAGGACGGCCGCAGACAGCCCGCCAAGAUACGGUUGACAUGGAGGAGAUUCCUUUACGAGAAAGGACACAAACCGAUCCAGCAUCUGAAGACAGACGUAAAGUCAAGGAAAUAUUUGACAGUCACGAUACCGAUUGUGAUGGUCAAAUUAGCAUUCACGAAUUGAAGACACUCAUAGAAUCUGGCCUAUGCCGUGACAUACCACCUCAUGUAGCCCAGCAGAUUCUGAAAUUGUCCGAUGAUGACAAUAAUGGAAUUUUGGAUUUUGAAGAGUUCUACAACAUGUCUAAGCGUCACAAAUGGAUGAUACGAAAUUUGUUGACCUCAUACUGCCGCAUGAUUGUGCCACCACCGAAGCCUUUGGAAGGCGAUCAAUUAGAUGGAGCAUAUGAAAAGCAAAUGUCCAUUUGUCCACCUCCGCUGACAAUGGUUAUAUUCUCGUUAAUCGAGAUUAUCAUGUUUCUCAUCGAUGUUAUACAUUUUCAAGAUGAUCCCGACAAUAAUCGCCGUAUUGGCGAAAGUACAAAUGGUCCUGCCGCAACAUUGUUCAUUUACAAUCCAUACAAGCGCUACGAAUCUUGGCGUUUCGUCACCUAUAUGUUUGUCCAUGUAGGCCUAAUGCAUCUUUUUAUGAACCUCAUCAUUCAAAUCUUCCUGGGCGUAGCUUUAGAAUUGGUGCAUCAUUGGUGGCGGGUGACUUUGGUGUAUUUAGCAGGUGUCGUGGCUGGCUCCAUGGGCACAUCUCUGACAAGUCCACGCAUAUUUUUGGCAGGGGCAUCGGGUGGAGUUUAUGCACUUAUAACGGCACACAUUGCCACUAUAAUUAUGAAUUGGAACGAAAUGGAAUAUGCCAUUGUUCAGCUUUUUGUCUUUCUCAUAUUCUGUUUCACCGAUUUGGGAACUUCCAUUUAUCGCCAUCUUACCGAUCAACAUGACCAAAUUGGUUAUAUGGCUCAUUUGUCUGGUGCUGUUGCUGGCCUUCUAGUGGGUUUCGGGGUUCUUCGAAAUUUAGAAGUACGUCGAUGGGAACGUAUUUUGUGGUGGAUUGCAGUUAUAUUUUUCUUUGCUUUGAUGAUGACCGGAACUCUAAUACAUUUCUUUUUACCCGAUUAUUUUCCGAGACAAGAAUACCACUAAGUUAAGCAGUGAAAAAACGCACAAUUUACUUAUAAAACAACAAACAAAAAAUAACACAAAAUGUAUGUGUUUAUUUGUUUAAUUGCCUUUAAAAUGAUAACAAACAAAUUUCUAUAUUUAUAUAUAUACACAUAUAUAUUUGUACUAGCAUUUACUUAAUACUUAAUUUAAAAAAUGUAUUUUGAUAUUCAUAUUUAUCUCCACAUUAACUAAAUAUUUAAGUUAACCAACGUUCAAAAGCCAAAGUGCCUCUGGAUCUAACAACGAAAUGACAAAUUGCUUUUAAGAUUUACGUUUAAUUCCAUGUAAGCUUAGUCAAAAUUACAGCAACGCAUUUUUCAAUGUGCUAUGCUUCUUACAUAUAUAUAUAUAUUACCUAUAUCUGUCAGUGUUCCACAACUAAUAAGACUUUUGUAAAGAAAAUUUUGAAGAAAAAAAUGUUUGCCUAUUAUCGUUACCGUA